AUGGCGACCCUCUUCUCCCUGCGCGGGCUCUUCACCCGCUCGGCCCCCACAGCCCUCCCCACGACCCGCCUGUUCUCGACCACCUCAACGGCGCUCGCCCGCACGCCGCCCAAGCCCCCGCCCAAGAAGCCCGCGGCCGGCAAGACGACCCCCCGCCGCAAGCACCAGGUCACCAAGUCGGAGAACUUCUACCGCAUCCGCACGCUCAAGCAGAACAUGUUCUCGCCCGCGCCGCCGCCGCUGCGCAUGGCCCGCCUGCGGUACCUCCGCCACUGGACCAUCCACCGCGCCUGGCAGCUGUUCCGCCGCCAGCAGCACCAGGACAUGGAGCGCGAGCGCCACCGCAUGUACAGCGGCAUGUACAACGCCUGCGAGGAGCUGCGCAAGACGGUCGGCCCCGGCCUCCGCGACGAGGGCUACCUGUACCGUGUCGCCAUGGAGAAGAAGGGCGUGUGGGGAACCGAGGCCGUGCCCAUCGAGUACGCCCGCUUUCAGACCGAGUUCCCCGGCGCCGAGGCGUGGAACCAUGAGUGGAAGAGGUAG